AUGGUCAAGAACCUCGCUGACUCGGAUGCACCUGUGAACCCGUUCAGUGAAAAGAUUGCAGCAUCAUCAGCAGAAUACAUAGUAGCAGAUAAAGAUAAGUCCCACAUGGAUCAGUACUCACCACGACGACUUCCUCUGAAGAUCCCCGAAAUGCUUCGCUCUAACAGCAUCGACAACAAUGGGAGCAGCAGCACUAGCACAUUAAAGGAUAAGUUAUCCGAAACUGUCAAACCUUUGAAGAAUGCGAAAGAAAUGGCCAAAAUAAAACAGAAGAAAAGCUACUCCUCUAUAACGGGCUCUGAUGAUAACAACAGCGGCGUUGCAGAAGAUGACCUGCUGUUGGCGGCUUCAGCACUUGAGAAACUCAAAAGUGACAAACCUCUCCCGGCCACACCGGCCACCAUUCCUUCUCGCUCUACUUCUCCAUCUGAACAAACACAUAAUUUCUCUGCACCAACAGCUCCGAAACCCACCAUUUUCGACAAAAUGAUUUCUCACCCGUUAAUUUCGAACUCCAUCAAUUAUGUCCUCGAAAAAACAAUUAAUUCUUCGAACAAUAACAUUUUUCAAGGAAGCAAUUCGAACCCUGUAUUACCCUCUGUUGACGCGGUAACUCCAAUCAUAGAAUUGCCUCACCUUUCCCAUGAAGUCAAUAAAAUUGAUACCAACAUUGGUGGCAUGGCAAAAAAGAGGAGGAGAGAGUUGGAGUCAGUAGACCCUUUAGAUGCGUCGCAUCGAAAUAAGAAAACCAAAGCAACCAUGUUGUCUACGGUACCCACACUCCCCAACAGAGAUGUUCGAUUCAGGAGGAAAAAUGGACGGCAGAAUCUCAGGCAGCAAAUUGCAAUGUCAUCUGCUGUUUCUGCUCAAAAAUCAUUACGGGAUUUGAAGCACUUAUCGAGCUUGAACUUGAACAUUGAGAGUCGGAAAAGAUUAACAAUGUUGAUUCAUUUUUUGAAAUUGGGGAAUUCUCAAUUAAGUGAAAGGAUAGACAAUUUGGUUCAAAGUGUAGACGAAAAACGUCAAAAACUUUCUGCCAAAACUGGUAGCACGGGAGAAGCAAGAUCCAAUAGUGAACCGGAUAUUAACAUACAACAAAUCAAGUCUGAUAUUGUCACAACAGUCAAGAAAAUUGUCAACGUUGUUUCAAAAGUGUCUGCUCAAUCUUUAUCAGAACCAGCAAGAUCCAAUGUCCGAGAAGCUCUUUUGAAACUUCCCACAAAUUGGGCAACAAUGUUGAACAAUGAAUCUGUGUUUUCAGUAGGAGUGGAUGAUGAAUAUGAUUUCAAUAGUGAAGAAGAUGACGACGACGAAGAUAGAGAUGAUGACGACGACGAAGAUGACGGUGAUGAAGACGAUUUCAAAGAAGCACACGAAACCCGAGUUUUGAGCUCAUCUCCUACUGGCAUUUCUGAAGAGAACUCAAAUGGUGGAGAUUUUGAGAACAUACCUACAAUGACGGUAAACAAUCAAACUAUUUUUCAAAGAAAAAGGAAACCUUCCAUAAGUAGGCGUUUACUCACUAGCUUACUUCGAUACAGGAAAUCCAAGGGUGGAGGCCUAGAACAGAACACACUUAAAUUAAAAAAAUGGUUCAGGGAGAAGAUCAAAGAUCAAAUAAUGCAUGAUUCGAGCGGGAAAGUACUCAUUCUUGCACAAGAAUCUUUGGACAUGGUUAAUAAGAUCAUCAAGUUUUGUAACGAAAGUUUGGACAAGGCAGAACAUUGGAACAACGACAGACAACACCAACACCAGGUUGAAUUGCUGCAACGACUCCAGCAGAUAAACGGAUUCAAUCUAUCACUCAUCCCCAACAAAGGUAAGGAGGAAAUUAUUGAAACGAUGGUGGUCAAAGAAAACGCCACCACGAAUACCAAAAGCUCGUCCGCGGAGGAUGAUGCCAAGAAGGCUAGUUAG